GACGUGAGGAGUAAAACCUGCUGGCUGCCUGUCCACUGAAAAGUGAAGUGUGUUUGACGAAGCAGUGGGUGUCGGACUUUCUCUGUUUAUUUGUCCUUUCUUCAUUGGUUUCUGUCGUCUUUAUUUUAAUUUUUUAGAUUUCGAGAUUUGUCCAAAGCGAAACCAAACAUUGUAGCUAACUUAGAGGAUGUUUUAGAGAAGUUCCUCCAGCGUUUUUCUGAGGAACCGGUGGAAGGCGGAUACCACCGGAGAUGGAUAAGCUAACCUAUAGCUCACUUGUUAGCCGACAGUCAUAGAUCACAGAAUAGACUCGAGCUAGCAUGCUAACAACUGUCUAAUUUAGCAUUUAUUGGCUAACUGAGGGUCUUUACUCACUCCUAGCAUCAGAAUUAUUCCCUGCUAGACUUUGGAUCUUAUUUUUUCACCGUUUUUAGUCUGUCAGAGGCCAGCGAAUUCAGGAAGACUCAAUUUCUGAUCAAAAAAGGAGAACGACGGCGCGGAAUUGUCGAGAAGGGACGGCUAAGUUAUCCCUCCAGCUCAGUCAGACAAGACUGUGGACAUUAUGCUGUCUAACGCUCAGAAUCAACCACUGUUUCCGAACCCGGCGGGCCAGCAGAACCCCACGGGCCACUUCCACGCCAGACCCCACCUACAGAUCAAGAAGAACGCCAUAACAGACGAGUACAAGAUCACCGGCCAGGUGCUGGGGCUGGGGAUCAAUGGCAAGGUGGUGGAAAUCUUCCAGAGGAAGACCGGUGACAAAUAUGCGUUAAAGAUGCUGCAGGACUGUCCCAAGGCACGUAGGGAAGUGGAGCUGCACUGGAGGGCGUCCCCAUGCGCCAAUAUUGUGCGCAUCAUUGAUGUUUAUGAGAACCUCUAUCAGGGCAAGAAGUGUCUCCUUAUUGUCAUGGAGUGUAUGGACGGCGGUGAGCUUUUCAGUCGAAUCCAGGACAGAGGAGACCAGGCCUUCACAGAGAAAGAGGCCUCCGAUAUCAUGAAGAGCAUCGGAGAAGCGAUCCAAUUUUUACAUGCCAUCAAUAUUGCGCACAGAGAUGUGAAGCCAGAGAACUUGCUGUAUUCUUCGAAGAGGCCCAGGGCUCUCCUGAAACUCACAGACUUCGGCUUUGCCAAGGAGACGACCUCACACAACUCUUUAGACACUCCCUGCUACACACCCUACUACGUUGCUCCAGAGGUUCUUGGUCCAGAGAAGUAUGACAAGUCAUGCGACAUGUGGUCUUUGGGUGUCAUUAUGUAUAUUCUGUUGUGUGGAUACCCUCCUUUUUAUUCUAACCAUGGCCUAGCCAUCUCUCCUGGGAUGAAGAAGAGGAUAAGGAUGGGCCAGUAUGAAUUUCCCAACCCUGAGUGGUCAGAGGUGUCAGAAGAAGCUAAACAGCUGAUCAGGACCCUCUUAAAGACCGAGCCGACCCAAAGGAUGACCAUCACAGAGUUCAUGAAUCAUCCAUGGAUCAACCAAUCAAUGGAGGUUCCCCAGACCCCACUUCACACUAGUAGGGUUUUAAAGGAGGAGAGGGAUGCGUGGGAGGAAGUCAAGGAGGAGAUGACCAGUGCCUUGGCAACGAUGAGGGUCGACUACGAGCAAAUCAAAAUCAAGACCAUUGAAGACUCAACCAAUCCACUGCUAACGAAGAGGAGAAAGAAAGCCAACAACCCAAACUCUGCUGCCCACUGAGAGUCAGGCUUGCAUGCACAUACAACACAGGUUGAGAGGAGAAAGCAAUAAUUUGUCGACACGAGUCGUACUGCAUGGAUUUUCUCAGUGUUUUAUUUUUCUUGGUAAAAGUUUUGUAAAAGUUUUUUUUUUUUUUUUUUUUUUUUUUUUUUAACAAGCUCAUCACGCUGCUGCCUGCAGGGUGAAGAGCGGGUACAUGUAUUUACACCAGAAAAGAGAUUAUGAAAUGCAGGAAAACGGAGGAAAAGGGCGUUUUGGAUCUCUCUCCCUCUCCUUCUCUUUUCAAGAUAUCAGAUUGUGUAGUGAGAGGGGCCGUGUUGUUGGAACACAACAUGAAGCCUUAGCAUUAGCUGUAGUUGAAGUCCCCCCCCACCCCCCACCGCCCUCCCUUUACCUGUGAAUGUUGUAUCACGUGGCUAAUCCCCAAAAAUAGAAACAAGCGAAGGUUUCUCUCUGUGUACAUGCAAAGCAAGCAGAUGUAUUUUGAACUGACGGAAGGAAUGUAAAGACACUGUCUGUGGGAAUUGGGAAGAAAUGGAUGCCGAUUUCUGGGAUUUGGACAGGAAGUGUCUGUCAGGUUCAGUUUGUCUUUAUGAAUGUUAAACUGAGGCCUAUGCACUCAAACAAGGGAACUGUGCCACUGACACUGCACCUCACUUGUAGCCCUUCUCUCCUAACUAAGUGUGUGCUUGUCAGACAGAGAUGGAACGAAGAAAGACACCCCAGAGCGACUCUUUCUUUCACAUGUAGCUCACUGGAGAGGAGGCGACAAAUACUGUAUUUUUUCAUGGAUUUUUAUGACCAUUUUAGCCUAGGCCUUACUGAGUAUUGCUUAUUAGCAUAUAGCUUUUAAUCCCU